ACCCCAGACACCGUAAAUACCUUUUUACAGAAAAGAGCUUAUAUUUGAGUUCUUCAGUGUUUGAAGGAAGAAAGUAUUAAAAUCAAGGCUUCCUCUCCUCCGAAACACACCAAACACCGAUCAUCAAGCGAUCAUCAUGCCGAAAGACGUUUCAGGUUAUUUAACUGAGCAACAGCGUAAAAGCUCAGGAGAUGUGGCGGCUGAAUGGGGUCAAAUCGAAGAACUUUACAAUAAAAAGUUGUGGCAUCAGCUGACAUUGAAAUUGCUUCAGUUCGUGAAAAAUCCCAUAUUUGCCAGAGGAGAUGGACUGCUUCGGUUGUACGAGAAUUUCCUCUCUGACUUUGAGCACAGAAUUAACCCGCUAUCAUUGGCAGAGCUGUGUGUUUUGGUAGUAAGACAGAUCCCAGACUCUGCACAGGCAAUUGAAUUCCUGGAAAAGGUAAAGGAGAAAGUCAAAGCCAAUGAAGAGGCCAAGGUCCUAGUCAUGACCUCCAUAGGGAUUAUCCACCUGCGCAACAAGGAUUUUCCUCCUGUCAAGGCUCUAAUGGAAGAAUGUGAAAAGAUUCUUGAAGACAUUGAUGGCGUUACAACUGUCCAUGGUCGCUUCUAUGAACUUACCAGCAACUACCACAAGCUGAUGGGGAACCAUGCCCGCUACUAUCAGGAGGCUCUGCGUUUUCUUGGCUGCACUGACCUCAAGGACAUGCCCACUGCUGAGCAGGCAGAGCGAGCUUUCAACAUUGGCCUGGCUGCUGUAGUGGGUGAGGGAGUGUACAAUUUUGGAGAACUCUUGGCUCAUGACAUACUGGCUGCUCUUAAUGGCACCGAGCGUGAGUGGUUGGUGCAGCUGCUGUAUGCCUUCAACAGUGGAGACAUUGAUCGUUUCAAUGCUUUGAAGGAUAAAUGGGCUCAACAGCCUGAUCUGAAGGCUGCUGAGCUGGUGAUGAGAAACAAGAUCAAUUUGCUGUGCCUGAUGGAGAUGACAUUCCAGCGUCCAGCCACUGACCGUCAACUGACAUUUGAAAAUAUUGCAAAGACGGCCAAGAUCAACAAAAAUGAUGUUGAGCUCCUGGUCAUGAAAGCACUCAGUUUAGAUCUGGUACGAGGCUCCAUCGAUGAAAUUGAGCAGAAAUGUCAUAUGACUUGGGUUCAACCUCGAGUCCUAGAUCGCAAGCAGAUUGCCAGCAUGCAGGGCAGACUGAAUCUACUCACGAACGACAUCUCCCAGAUGGAGACUUUGUUGGAGAUUCAUGCCCAAGACAUCCUCACUUAAGCACCAUUUACAGACACGCUCAUGAAAGUCAUCCACUUCCUCAAUCAUCUAUUUUUUUUGCCCUUUUCAGUUUGAUAUUGAAUGCACUCUGUGAACUCUUUGUCCAUGCGUAAGGGGAAAGACUGUUUUUCGGCAAAAGGAUUCAUACUGAACUGUGGUUAUAGCGCUUUGUCGAAAGGUUUCAUCUUCAUCAUUUCACCACCAAUUUCAUUGUCAUUAAAUUGCGAAAAUGUUUUGUUAUUAUGUGUUUUAAAUCUAGAAAAA